GGUAUAUAAUAACGAACCGUUCGCCUUUCAGCACUCAUAUUGUUAGGAUUCUUCGUUUGGAAUCGACUUCAAAAUGUCACGUUCCAACUCCGCAUCCAUGUCGUCGUUGUCGAUGAUGGUAAUAGCCUGUUUCCUGGUGUUGGCUUCAGCCGAAGAGAGAUCUUCGGUUGUGGAUCUAGAUCGCCAAUCGAAGCAGAUUCUGUUGACCCCCGAAUCGUAUCAUUUUCCUAGCUCCCCAUUACCGUACUUUAAUCCUUACGGACAACCGUUAAUGGUGGCAGUAGAUGUUUUCCCAGAUCCUAAUGCUGUGCCUUACGUUUAUUCGCCGUCUUCCUCUGGCAACUUGGGAAUGGAAAGGGCGUUUCAAAACCAACUAGCAGACAUUAAGAUAACACCAACAACGACAGAGUGUCUCUUAUCCGAUAUUACUAUCGACGGAAGUGUUCGUUGUCGUCAGGCCUCUCAAGCAAGGCGCGGAAACAUCUAUAUCAAAUUCAGCGCCGGCGACCAAAUAGCUAAUUUCGCAAUCACCGCACCAACGAAUUUCAACAUUAGGCUAACAUGUAGUGAAAAAUCGGACAACAUUAACGCUUUUACGCAAAGCGUUCGAAUCAGUAAAACAUCGGAUACGCCUGUCACGGAAAGCAACUACAUGAACAUAGCGGUGUAUAAUCCAAUAUCCGAUGCGGGGCGUAGUAGGCCUACAAUGUUCGCUGCGGUGCGUGUUACAGCGGAUGGCGUAUUGAAAUGCAGUUGGGAGUCCAGUCGCCAAUAAACAUUUGCUAGUUCAGUACGGUUGUAUGCCCCUAUUAUAUAGCAGGUCAGCAUUACGCAUUGACUAAUUCCGAGGCACUGUGUCGUCCUUAUUGGUCAGUGCAUACAAAUUUAAUUUGCAGUGGUGGAUAUUUGACCAUAUGUGUA